ACAGCGCGUGCCGCCCGCGUCUACGCCCUCGCGAUAUGUCGCAUACUUCGUGAAAAAAAUAAACCCUCGUAAGUCAUAUAUAAAGUAAAAAUAUCGUCUUCCAAUUCAGUUGUUAUCUGGCAUCUGAUGUGUGUAGCGACUUGUGACUUUGUCUUAAAAAGGAAUUAGGCGGGAAAAAAUAUUUUUCAAUUAUGAAGUUGCAAGUGAUUUAUGUUUUAGUUGUUAUUGGUAUUGUGAACUGUGAUUCCGGAUCUGAUUGGUCAUACAAUUAUGAAACGCAAUGGCCCAACCAGUGCCGCAGCGGCGAACAACAGUCACCCAUUAACAUAAUGACGCGGAACACUAUACUGGACACGCACGGCGCGCAUAUACGAGGACCUCUCGUCUUUCGCGGCUUCGGAGAUGUUAACCUUCGCGCCACCAACACCGGCCGCACGUUGAAAUGGAUGGUAGAGGAGGACGGCCCAGCACCAGUGUUGUCUGGCGGCCCUCUACGAGGCAAUUACACGUUCGUGCAGUUCCAUCUUCACUGGUUCUCCGAGCAUGCGAUAGAUGGCAUGAAGUACCCAAUGGAAAUCCACUUACUGCAUGUGAAGACAGGUUUAACAGUGGCGGAGGCUUUGAAGAGGCCUGAUGGCUUAGCCGUCAUCGGCGUGCUCUGUAGGGUGUUCGCUGAUGAUGAAGACAAUGACUACAGUCUGCAUCAGUUAGCUGACAUGGUGCCCUCUCUGCAGAACAGGACCGUCGCAGGAAGUGAAUUACCCAUCACCUUAGAUUUGUAUCGUCUGAUGAGUCCGCAAAGACAGUCCUACUACACGUACCACGGCUCGCUGACGACUCCUGACUGCCAGGAGGUGGUCACCUGGAUCGUGCAGGAAGAGCCCAUCAUCAUAUCUGACUCACAGUACAAAAAAUUCCGUCAAGUGUACGUAGGGGGCGUCGACAACUACCGAAGCUUACAACCUACCAACCGAGUUGUGUACCGCAGCGCUGCCUCCUCCUUGUACAACCCAUCGCCGAUCGGCAUGCUGGGUGCGCUACUUAGCAUCACCUCCUUACUCAAAUCAACCGUCGGUUCGGGAGUUUGCUUUAUAACUAAUUUGAAAAGGAAAUUCUUCACAGAUUCAUCCAAUGCAUGCAAAGGUGAAUAGUCAAGGAAUUAAAUUCGAUUCCAUGUUAUAUCAAACUGUUAUAAGAGGUAGCACUUAUGGAUAAAAUGAAAUAACGGCCGAAUUCUGAAACGAAUCUCCAACAGUUUGAUGCGUCAUCGCUUACGAUUUCUCAGACGUCAAAAUUUUAAUGAAAUUUUAUGUUCGAGCGUGGUCUUAUCAUUUAAGACUCUUUUACAUAUUUAAAUGUCGUUUCAGUACUUGGCCGUAAGAUUCCUCGAUUGUAUGUGAUUUUUAUUACGUUGGUAAAUUCGUACAAAAUCUUAGUUUUUAUUUAUUUUGUUAUAAGUUCAUUGUAAAUACCAUUUUAGGUAACAAUCAAUGUUGCUCGUCAAAAUGUGCAUUUAUUAUUGCGGGAAAAGUGUGAAAAUGAAACAUGUUACGAUGUUAACGUAUAUUUGUGUAGUUUUAAUCGAUUUCUUGUAGUUCUAGGCUCUCUAGAUGUUACUAGCCGUGGAAUAUAAUACAGUGGAUUUUAGAAUACAAUUUUAUUUUAUAAAUAUUGUACGUAGAACGUUCAAGCAACAUAAAAAGUUAGGCAAAUAAUAUAGAUUCAUACGUAUGACAGAGUUAUGAAGACAAAAUCCUAUUGCGCCGAACCUACUGGAGUAGGAUAAGUAGAAAGAUGAUGAUAAUUUGAUUAUUAAAUAUUAUGUGAAUCUUUAAAGGUUUUUUUGUCAAUUUUUAAAGCUAAAACAUUUUUAACGUAAGAAUUCUAUUGUUCAAUUAGAACUGUCAGAAUUGAGAUAUAAAAGUGGGCAUAAACGUUUUAAAUUCUUAUCAAAGGUCCGAAGUAAAAAAUCUAUUUAUGAAUAAUCUAUUUAUGAUCAAUUAAUAAUGAAAGUAAUCUUCAUACAAUAUUUACUGAUUGUAAAACACGUGUGCAUUAAUCCUACAAGCGUGUUAUGCAUUAUGUUAAUCCUUGAGAUUAUAUCAAUUUGAAAAAUGACAAUCUGUUACAAUUAAUUAAAAUAAAAUUGUGUUUGUCUCUAUCUAUCUUAGUAAUAUUAU